AUGGCAUCCGACGACCCUCGCGAUUCCCAACCGACCGUCUUUCGGCCCACAGUCCGCGAUGGCAUGAUCGUCGUGCGCCGACCUGCGAACAAUAACGACACGGCUAUUUUCUGGGCUGGCACCUACUUCGUUCUUCUAAAUGGAGCCAAUGAGGCCGUCGCCAUGGACUACCCUGCGUUCCUUGCCGACCUGGAAGCCCUCCUUCAGUACGACCCAGAACUGGAUGAGAUCCAAUUCCAUAUACCCUCCCAAUACCGACGCGUUCCUUUGGCCCCUGACUUGCGUGGCACAAACAAUAUCCAAGGCUUACAGCCCGAGGUAGGCAUUGUUCGUACCUACAACCAGUGGCUUAUAGCCUUGGCGGCGAUGCAAAACUCUCAUCUGAUGCGGGAAUCGAGCAUUGAAUGCGUGCUCCGGAAUGGGCUUGUGACUAGCUCUGUUCGCCACAGUGUUCCACCUGUGGCUGCGGCGCAGUUUUUCAUUGUGCGAAUUGCAGGUAUCGUGUCUUCAGUCCCCCCAUCUGAUACUACAGUCUUUGUCUCUGAUAACUAUAUUUUAGACGCGGAAGAUUGGAACCAGGAGGGAGAUGAUAACAGUGUUCAAACUUAA